GGAGUCCUUCACGUCACCGGUUCUAUAAUACGGAGUACCUCACUUUCAUAAGGCUACCCCUCACGGCCUCUCCCCUGGCCCCACGAAGUUUUUUGCCCGGAGUAUACAUUUUUCGUCUCAUGCAUCCUCCAUUAUGUAAAAUCAUUUGAUGCACUCAAUUACUCAAAAGAGGUACAAUAUGAUAUUUGCACCAUUCACAGGCGUCGAUAAUCAUCGAAAAUGCAUUACAUUUGCUGCUGGGUUGAUCAACAAAGAAGAUGAUGAAUCUUAUGCUUGGCUUUUCCGUUGUUUUCUAAAUGCAAUGGGUAAUGCCCCUAAAUGCAUCAUUACUGACCAAGACCCUUCUUUUCGAGGUGCCGUGAAACAGGGAUUUCUAGGAACCGUUCACCGUUAUUGUAUAGGGCACAUCAUGAAAAAGGUUGUUAAGAAGGUGGAUAACAAUUUGCUUAAGGAUGCAGAUUUUUUGUCCAAACUCAACGCCAUCGUCUGGAGUCACUAUCUAGAGCCAGAUGAUUUUGAAACGCAGUGGCAAAAUCUCAUGGCCGAAUAUAAUUUUGAAUCUCACAAGUGGUUUACCAAGAUUUUUCAGAUACGAACCAUGUGGAUUCUGGCAUACUUCAGAGAUUUGUUCAUGGGAGGGUUACUGCGUACAACUUCUCGUUCCGAAAGUGAGAACAGUUUCUUUGAUGAUUUUACAGGGCAAAAUUUUAGCCUGGUGGAGCUUCUUAUGCAGUUUGAAAGUGCCAUGGACUCUCAACGUCAUAAAAAUGCAGACUACAAUGCAGACGAUGAAGCAUGCUACCCAGAGUUUAAAACUCCAUUGGAUAUUGAGAAGCAUGCAUCCUCGGUUUACACAUUGACUAUUUUCUACGAUGUUCAAGCCGAGAUAUGUGCAGCAUGCUUCUCUUGCAGAGUACUUCAAGUCGAAGAACUUGACGACCAACACAACCAAUACUUAGUCAAGGACAACAGGGGUAUGACAUUCACCGUCGAAUACUCACGCAUUCAAGGCACUACAACAUGCAGCUAUCUGUAUAUCAACCCCAGAUGGUGUAAAACAAAAUUGUUGAAGCCCAUGAUCAACAUCCCCGACAUCGAUUUUGAUGCCGUUACAGCUGUUGAAGGGGAAAAAACAGCAUUGAACCGUUUGUGGUCGGAUAUUCACUACUGUGUUGCAGCUACCGAACAAAAACCGGACUUAUUGGAUGGAUUUUCAAAGGUCAUGCAAUAGCAAAAGAACAUCCUCCAAAAUGCACUUCAGUCUAAUCUUACUUCACCACAAGACCCGAUCUUUGAGUCAUUCUAUGGCACAUCUGCACCAUCAAACAUUACUCCCCUCCCCAACAAGUACACAACAAAGGUGGUGGGAAGAGAAUCAAAAGCGCUUUGGAGAUUAGCAUAGAGCAAGUAAAGAAGAACAAGCGAAUGUGUAAAACCUGCCGUGAGAUGGGAUACCAUGAUAGUAGAAAUUGCCCACUGAAUAAACAGUAAUGAAUUAU